AUGUCAUUGCUCAUGGCUCCUCUACCUCUGAUGUUUCUGCUCAUGAUUCCAGGAGUUUAUGGUCAGAAUUGGGGUGUGCAUUAUGGCUCUUCACACAUCUGUGCACUAAAGGACUCAUCAGUGAUAAUGAGCUGCACUUAUACAUACCCUACUGGACUUCAGAUCAAGAAAGUGUUCUGGACCAAAGCACUUGUUAAAAAUGCUGAUAAUGAGUUUCCAGAUCUGUCUGAGGAUACAGAAUACAGUCAGAGGCUUCAGUAUCUGGGAGAUAAACAGCAGAGCUGCACCAUCAGACUGAGUCAUGUCACACAGAAGGACGAACACAUGUACUAUUUCAGAUUCAUCACUGAUAAAGAUAAUGGAAAAUGGCGUGGCGAACCAGGAGUGACUCUUACUGUGACAGAUCUUCAGGUGGAGGCUCCUGAGAGAGUGACAGAGGGAGAUUCAGUGCGUCUGACAUGUAAAAGCAGCUGCACUCUGACUGACAGAGCAACAUUCAUCUGGUACAGAAACUCACAGCCAUUAACUGAGAGAAGAGACAGAAACAAUCAACUCCUGCUGCAGCCAGUCAGAAGAGAGGAUGCAGGCAGAUACAGCUGUGCUCUACAUGAACACACUUACAUCUCUCCUGCUGUUCAUCUCAAUGUCACGUAUCCUCCAGAGAAUCCUGUGAUCUUCAUCAGUCCAUGUUGUGAAAUAGUGGAGGGUGAUUCAGUGACUCUGAGCUGCAUCAGUGAUUCAAACCCACCUGCAGAUAUCAGCUGGUUUAAAAGAGGAAUGUUUGUAGGAUUUGGAAUAAACUACAACAUCUCAAAGAUCAGCUCUGAUCACAGUGAAGAAUACAAGUGCAAGUCCAGAAAUAAACAUGGAGAGAAAUACUCUGAUGCUGCGACUUUAAACAUCAUGUAUCCUCCCAGGAACGUCUCAGUGUCUAUAAAUGGAUCUGGUGAAGUAGAAGAAGAUUCAGUGACUCUGAGCUGCAGCAGUGAUUCAAACCCACCUGCAGAAAUCAGCUGGUUUAAGGAGAAUCAAAGCUCAGCUGUUGGAUCUGGACAGAGUUUCAGUGCACUACAGAGUGGCCGCUUCUACUGUGAGGCUCACAAUCAACAUGGAUCUCAGAGAUCAGCAGUUUUAUCAGUGACCGUGUAUCGUAGUCUGGGUUGGCCUGUCUGGUUGGGAAUCACAGUCACGUGUGUAGGAUUAUUCAUCAUUAUCAUUAUCAUCGUGUUCAUAAUGAGAAAACGAAGAGGUGCAAAAGCUGAAGUCGUCACAGUAAAACAGGAUGAUCUGUACUCUAACGUAAACGAGAGGGAUGCUCACAUGUCUGAAUCAGCCGUUUGUGAUGAUGCUCCGUAUGCCAGCGUUUCAUACAGCACACCCAGAAGAGACGGAAACGAAGACGCUGAGGAGAUCCAGUACGUGACCGUCCAACAUCACAAAACCAAACCGAUGCAGAGAGCAGAGGAGAACGAAAACCAGUACGGCAAUCUCAGGAUUCACCAGCCUGGUGCUGCCAUGAGGCGAUCAGAUGUGAAGACUGUGGAAGAGGACUCUGCGAUCUACAGCAGCGUCAAAUGAAUGACAGA